GAAACUGCGAAACUCACCACGCGAAACAGCCAGCGUAUCUGCGCAAACCCAUCUACUCCAGAGUUUUGCUAUUCGCAAUCUCGAAAUGUUCUCAGUUCCGGGCUGGAACCUGUCUGCAACCCUAACCACACAGGUUGAGAAGCCCAAGGCCAAAGAUGGGCCUCCGGAGGGCAAGAAAAGCAAGAAGCGGAGACAGAAACGGGAGCAACGACAACAGGUUGAAAUCGACGCAGGGAACGUUGGAGAAUAUUGGGAGAGGGUCGUGGGUGGAAAGGACAACAUGCACCGGACGAACGCAUCCGAGACAUCGAAUAUGGCAGCACCGAACGCCGAAGUGAUGUCAGAAAAGACUGGCAAGAAACGGAAGAGGAAGAGUGAUGGGAAGGGCCCGGUAGGCGCUGGUGAUGGUAGGAGUCAAUAUGAGGGUCCUCCGGAAUCAGUCCCAGAAGAACAACUGGGCUCCGUGGACGUACCCUCGAAGCGCGAGAAGAAGAAGAAGCGCAAGCAGAACCACCAGCCGGCUUCUACCCCAGACAACAUGGCCGAGUCAACGACGCAACCCCCUGCCACUGCAACCGUUUCGCCUUUAAACGCCGAGCCGCCAACCCUGACCCCUCUUCAAAAAUCGAUGCGAGCGAAGUUGAUAAGUGCGCGCUUCCGACAUCUGAAUGAGUCGCUAUACACGAAGCCAUCGAAAGAAUCCUUGGAUCUUUUCAAAGACAACCCCGAUAUGUUCGAAGACUACCACCGGGGAUUCGCGCAACAAGUCGAAGUGUGGCCGCAGAACCCAGUGGAUGGGUAUGUCGAUGCCAUUCUCUCGCGAGGGAACAUUCGUACGAAGAACGUGUGGAAGGACAAGAAGCGGCGAGAGACAAACAUGAAGGGGGAAAAGGCAUCCAAGGAAGAUUCUGGCGCUGCCACUCCGUCAAGUCUGAAGCCUUUGCCACGGAACUCGCGCGGCCACUCCACGAUUGCAGAUUUGGGCUGUGGUACCGCGUCGCUCUCGUAUCGUCUUCAAUCUUCCCUCAAGCCACUCAACCUCACUCUACACUCUUUCGAUCUCUCGAAGCCAAGGGGCCCCACGGCAGACCUGGUCACGAUAGCGGACAUCUCAGCGCUGCCUCUACCAGAUGCCAGCGUGGAUGUGGCUAUCUUCUGCCUCGCGCUCAUGGGCACCAACUGGCUUGACUUCAUCGACGAAGCCUGGCGUAUCCUUCGCUGGCGUGGUGAACUCUGGGUCAGUGAGAUCAAGUCACGGUUUGGCCGCGUAGGAAGAGCCAGGGGUGCACCACCCAUCAAUUCCAUCGGCUCGUUGCGAAGAACAGACGGCAGAAAAAAGAAAAAGGGCAAGAAGGAAAGUGCGGUCGGACAAGACGGCCCAGAAGAUUCCGCCGACGAAGCCGAACUUGCGACUCAGGUGGACGGCGUGGAUUCCCAGCAGGAAGGCACAGAUGUAAGCGCCUUUGUGGCCGUCUUACGAUCUCGCGGGUUUGUGUUGGAUGCUCCACCUGAGCGCCCGUCUGAAGCGGUGGAUUUGAGCAACAAAAUGUUCGUCAAGAUGCAGUUCGUCAAGGGAGUGGCGCCGACGAAAGGGAAGAACGUAGAUGUAUCCAAGGAGCGAGCAAAGGACAAAGGUGACUCGGCAACAGCUAUGCGAAUGGGCAUCAAGGGGAAGAAGUUCCUUGCCGUGGCGGCUGCGAAUGGGGAUGGUGAUGGCGGGGACGAGGCCGACGCAAAGGUUCUGAAGCCUUGCUUGUACAAGAUACGUUAAGGAUGGCGGGUACCGUCUUGCCUCGCUCUCUCAGUGGUAGUCGAAACCACUUGUGACUUUCGGAUGGUAUGGCCAUCUGUUGCAAUGUCGAACAGGUUCAUUACGUCCGAUGCCUUCGAUAUCCUGCAGUUCAGAAACCUUGCAAUAUUGCACAGCCGUAGAGGGUGCGCAUGCUAUCUCGUGUGUCACGAGGCACUCUGCGACGAAUAGGCACCAAUGGUUUACGCGCGAGGGGCACAAUUUACAAAUGUCUUCUUUG